AUGUCUAAGGCCCGGGGGUGGCCUUGGAAGUGGGGCUGCCGCGGUGCGGACGAGGGGGGACGCCGAGCCUGUGACCCCAGCGCACUUCUGGACGGGCGGCCUGGAGGAGGGGACCCCGGGGCCCGGCAUGCACCCGUGUGUCGCUCGCAGACUGCAGCGUCCUUGUCAUUAAAUGGUUGUGAACUCACGAGCCUGGGCUGCUGGCUGGGGCCCGGCGGGGACACCGAGUCCCCGGAUGGCACUGUCUCCCCUGAGCCAGGGAGGAGGGAGGGCGGGGCGUUGCCGGGACCCCCCGGGCAGGUGACCUUUGUCCCCAGCGUCAACAAUGGCCCGAGGCCCCCCUGCCCCCGCAGGGACCCAGCAGACAUGCAGGCGGAUGCCCGGCCCUGCGUCCCCCUGGGGACCCUCGAGGUCGACUUCCCCCCACCUCUGCUCAGUGAUGCCUGCGUGUCCCUGGAGGGGCCGCGCUGGAUGCCGGCCAUCAAGCAGGCAACGCGCUGGAAGUUCACGCCCAUGGGGAGCGACGCGGCCGGCCAGCCGUGGCACACGGGCCUGACCAACGUGGACACCCGCGACACCUGGUAUGCGUUGCCCCGGGCCCCGGACCAGCCCCACCGCGAGGCCUACAUCCGCUGGCACAGCUGCCACAGCAACCCCCCGGCCCAGGGCACCCCCAAACCCCCAGCCUACACCCAGCACCUGCGGGAGACGGCCUGGUACAAACCCAUGGUUCCUGCCCAGUACCUGAACCCCGACACUCGCUGGGGGAGCACGUUCUGGAAGGACAGACCUACCCGGGGAAAGGAGUACGCCAUCAACAGGAACAGAUUCGGGGUACAGCCAUCCUCGCAGGCUAGCGACUACGUGGCCCUCCUGCCGGCACCCCAGUGCCCGCGCUACACGGCCCAGGACUUCCGGCACUGGCCGCUGGAGCCCUACUGCCCCUCCACCCACCAGCGGCUCCCAGCUGAACUCUGACGCAGAGGGGACCCCGAGGACCCCAGCCCGGCCCCCUCGGCCACACGGGCCCUCCCUGCUCCCCGCUUAAUCCUCACCAGAGUCCUGCUCACCACUCGCCUCUCUU